CCCCCUCCCCCGAUAAUAACUCCUCGUUCAGCUCUCACAGCCCACCAACAACCCCCGACCAAGCUUACCAGAAAAAAAAUGACGACGACCCCCCUCAACCCCCACGCCGCGCCCUUCCUCCCGGCCAUCACCUCCCUCCCGACCCUCCCGGACGCGUCCCUGGUCUCGACACUGGACCUCCUCUUCGAGCCCUCGCCGGAGCUGCGCGCCCUCGCCCUGCCGACCGUGCGCGCCAUGUCCUUCGCCAGCUACGCCGACCUCGUCGCCACGGUCCGCGACGAGCUGCUCGCCGUCGCGGCGGCCGUGCGCGACGACCGCGACGCGAGGGCCAGCCUGCACGCCGCGCUCGGGGGGCACCCGCGCCUGGGUGGCGGCGGAGGUGGUGGGGGGAUCAGUGGCGGGGAGCAGAGGGGUCUUGAGGGCGCGGGGGACGAGCUGGCGGUGCUGAAUGGGGAGUAUGAGGAGAGGUUUCCGGGGAUGAGGUAUGUUGUUUUUGUGAAUGGGCGGGGGAGGGAUGCCAUUGUGGGGGAUAUGAGGAGGAGGAUUGAUAGGGGGGAUCUUGCGGCUGAGGAGGUGGAGGCUAUUCAGGCUAUCUGUGACAUUGCGAUCGACCGGGCUGCCAAGUUGCAAGCGGCAGUGCCGGCACCGGCGGAGACCUCGUAA